CCAUUUCCCCGCCUUCCACAAUCGCGCGGACCGCUGAGUGGCCCCUGCCGCCCUUCAAGCCGAUCGCGGCGCGCUUUCAUCAUCGUAAAACCAGCCCAGAAGAAUUUUGUGACCUUGACUCACCAGAGAACUCUUCAAAUACGCCGUCACCCCCACCAAAGUUUUUGCUUCCCCAUCCCUACUUCCCAACUGCGAAAAAUGUGUCCUCCGGUCGAAAACGCGCCUGUCAAUGGCACUCAGACGAACGGGCACACCAACGGCACUGUGAACGGCAGCCAUCCAGGGUUUUCUGGCAUUUCGACUCCGCAUAACCCGCAUCCGCACAAGUCGUCACCGUACCACCCUGUGGGCGACUUCUUGUCAAAUGUCUCCCGCUUUAAGAUUAUCGAGUCGACACUAAGGGAGGGCGAACAAUUCGCCAACGCCUACUUCGACCUGGACGCCAAAAUCAAGAUAGCCAAGGCAUUGGACGAGUUUGGUGUAGACUACAUCGAACUUACGAGCCCCGCUGCGUCCGAGCAAUCGCGCCGCGACUGCGAAGCCAUCUGCAAACUCGGCCUCAAGGCCAAGAUCCUCACUCACGUGCGAUGCCACCUCGAAGAUGCCAAAAUUGCAGUGGAGACAGGUGUGGACGGAUUGGACGUGGUCAUCGGGACGUCGUCUUAUCUUAGAGAGCACAGUCAUGGCAAAGACAUGACUUACAUCAAGAAUACCGCUCUUGAGGUCAUUGAGUUUGUAAAGAGCAAGGGCAAGGAAAUCCGGUUUAGCUCAGAAGAUUCGUUCCGAUCAGACCUCGUUGAUCUGCUGUCCAUCUACAGCGCCGUGGAUAAGGUUGGUGUAAACCGUGUGGGUAUCGCAGAUACGGUGGGCUGCGCGUCUCCUAGACAAGUAUAUGAUCUUGUCCGCACACUGAGGGGUGUGGUUUCGUGUGAUAUUGAAACGCACUUCCACAACGACAGCGGGUGUGCGAUUGCCAACGCCUACUGCGCACUUGAGGCAGGUGCUACGCAUGUCGACACCUCCGUUCUGGGUAUUGGCGAGAGGAACGGCAUUACACCCCUUGGGGGCCUGAUGGCCCGCAUGAUCGUAGCCGACCGCGACUACGUGCUCAGCAAGUACAACGUCAAGAAGCUCAAGGAAGUCGAGGAGCUCGUGGCAGACCUGGUCGAGGUGAACAUUCCGUUCAACAACUACAUCACCGGUUUCUGCGCUUUCACCCACAAGGCCGGUAUCCAUGCUAAAGCUAUCCUUAAUAACCCAUCCACCUACGAGAUCAUUUCCCCGGCCGAUUUCGGCAUGUCUCGAUACGUGCACUUCGCCAGCAGGCUCACUGGCUGGAACGCUAUCAAGAGCCGUGCUGAUCAGCUUGGUCUCAACAUGACCGACGCGCAGUACAAGCAAUGCACCGCCAAAGUCAAGGCCAUGGCGGAUGUGAAGAAGAUCACGCUCGACGAUACAGACGAUAUCAUCCGAAGAUUCCACCACAACAUCAACAACGAGGAGGAGAAGCCUCUGUUGCCAAAUUUGACCGAGGAGGAGCACGCCAAGUUUCUGCAGGCAGAGCAGGAGCUCAACGGCGAGAAGGAGAAGCGCCAGCUCGACGCCACCGCUGAUGCCGAGGCUGCGGUGCCUGCCGCUAAGAAGACGAAGACAGUAGCUGUGUCAUAGGGUUGAGCAUCAACGCAUUUGGGUACUUGGAGUUCUGUGCUUUGCUUUCAUUCGGAUUUUAGGCAUAUGCAUUCCGGCCACGGAAAAGUUCCUCUGUUUGAUACCUCACCUCGCUGAUGUCUGUGCAGCCUGGUAUAGUUGGGUAUAUAGAACGCGCCAUUGUGAACAUACACGAAGAGCCAAAGGAAAUAAAUACUAUUCAUGAUAUCUCCA